AUGGACCUCGUCAAUCACCUCUCCGACCGGCUGCUCUUCGCUGUACCCAAAAAGGGCCGCCUUCAAGCAGCGACACUCGACCUUCUCACGGGAUCUGACAUUCAAUUCCGGCGAGAGACCAGACUCGACAUCGCCCUGGUAAAGAACCAUCCACUAGCACUUAUUUUCCUGCCCGCCGCAGACAUUCCCACAUUCGUGGGUGAAGGACGAGUGGACCUAGGAAUCACGGGACGAGAUCAAGUCGCCGAGCAUGACGCCCAUCUAGCUUUAGGUGAGGAGUCGGGAGUUGAAGAAAUCAUGGACCUGGGAUUUGGGAGAUGUAAACUGCAAGUCCAGGUUCCCGAGAAGGGCUCCGUCCAAGAUGUGAAGGAUCUGGUUGGGAAGAACAUCGUGACGAGUUUCACGGGGCUUGCUGAGGAUUACUUUGCACGCCUAGAAGGCAUGGGUGGGCGUAAGGAGAGUAUAAACGGCACGGCCAGCCCGAUUCCGAAGCUGAAGACCAAGAUCAAAUUUGUCGGCGGCAGUGUCGAGGCUGCUUGCGCGCUAGGUGUGGCAGACGGAAUCAUCGACCUUGUUGAGUCAGGGGAGACAAUGAGGGCCGCGGGACUAAAAGCGAUCGAUACGGUGGUUGAGAGCACAGCCGUAUUGAUCAAGUCGAAGUCCGUCUCGAAUGAACAACUUGUCAACAAGAUCGCGGCACGGAUACGAGGGGUCAUUACCGCGCAGAAGUAUAUCCUCUGUCAGUACAAUGUGCCACGAACGAGAUUGGCGGAUGCGACAAAAUUCACCCCCGGCAAGCGGGCUCCUACGAUAACAGCAUUGGAAGAGCCGGAUUGGGUGGCCGUGAGUUCGAUGGUUGAGAAGCAGCACAUUGCGACGGUCAUGGAUGAGUUGACCGGAGUGGGCGCGACAGAUAUUUUGGUCCUCGAUAUUGCUAAUUCACGGACGGGCUGA